AUGUGUGGCAGAAAGUAUAAAAAUAAGAGAAGCAUUUAUUUGCAUAUUAAAUACGAAUGUGGCGUCGAACCUCAAUUCAAAUGUGAUCUGUGUUUUGAUUACGAUGUGUUCGAUCUGAAAAGCAUGUCAAGUGGGCCUCAUUUUUGCCCCAAGAAUUGUGGCCGCAAGUAUAAACACAGACGAAGCUUGAAACUUCAUUUAAGAUACGAAUGUGGUAUCGCUCCUCAAUUCGAAUGCGAAGUCUGCCAGAGAAAAUUUAGCCAUCGAGCUAACAUGAAAAUACAUUGCUUGACUAUCCAUAAGAUAAUUUGUAGACGUAAAAAUGGUGGUACGUUGAAAUUGGUUGGUAGAAAUAAAAGACCAGCGGAGUAUUCCUGUCCUAAUAAUUGUGGAAUUAAGUUAUCGACCAAACCAAGUGUUUAUAAGCAUUUGGAGAGCGAGUAUGAAAUGACAGAUCAGGUGGAAUAUUUCUCCUGUCCCAAUCAGUGCGGUCGAAAAUACAGAUACAAACGUGGUCUAUCGCAGCACUUGAGGUACGAAUGCGGCGUCGAACCUAAAUUCAAAUGUGAUAUCUGUGAUAGGAAAUUUCUACAUCGAGCCCAUUUACGAAGUCAUCGAGGUUUAAUUCAUAAAGUUAUAUCGUAA